UCGACCAACCAAUAGGGGUUUCUUCACUAAUGGGCAAUAAACUGCGCGCUGCUCUGACUCACACGUCCCAGUUGAAGUAGGAAUACAAACCUACAUCACAUCUGUCCUCUUUCUACGAAUCUCUGGCUCCAGUGUAACUACAACAGCAAACACUGCCAUGGUGUCCCACAAGGAAUUCCAGAAUGCCGGGAAGGCUGCGGGGCUCCAGAUUUGGCGCAUCGAGAACAUGGACCUAAAGCCCGUCCCCAAGCCUCUGUACGGGAACUUCUACACAGGCGAUGCCUACAUCCUGCUCUACACCACCUCGGCUCCGUCUUACUACAUUCACAUGUGGUUGGGAAACGAGUGCUCCCAGGAUGAAAGUGGUGCCGCUGCGAUUUUUGCCACCCAGCUGGAUGACCACCUGGGCGGUGGGCCCGUGCAGUUCCGCGAGGUGCAGAACAACGAGUCCAUCACUUUCCUGGGAUAUUUCAAGUCUGGGAUCAAGUACAAGCAAGGUGGAGUGGCGUCUGGCUUCCACCACGUGGUGACCAACGACAUGAGCGUGAAGCGCCUGCUGCAUCUCAAGGGCCGACGGGCCAUCAGGGCCACGGAGGUGGACCUGUCCUGGGCCAGCUUCAACACGGGGGACUGCUUCAUCGUGGACCUGGGCAAGGACAUCUACCAGUGGUGCGGGAGCGAGUGCAACCGCUACGAGAGGCUGAAGGCCUCCCAGCUGGCCAUCGACAUCCGGGACAACGAGCGGAGUGGCCGCGCCAAGCUGCACAUGGUGGAGGACGGAGCCGAGCCCGAUGAGCUCAUCGCCGCCCUGGGCCCCAGACCUCAAAUCGCAGCAGGGUCCCCCGACGAUGAGGCCGUGGACACGACCAAUAAGAAGAAGGCCGCUCUGUACAUGAUCUCCGACGCGUCCGGCUCCAUGAAGGCCACGGCGGUGGCCCCGUCCAGCCCCUUCAAGCAGGAGAUGCUCUCGGCCGACGAGUGCUACAUCGUGGACAACGGGGUGGACAGCAAGAUCUUCCUGUGGAAAGGGCCGAAUGCAAAUGCCGCGGAGCGCAAAGCCGCCAUGAAGGCAGCCGAGCAGUUCAUCAAAGAUAAGAGCUACUCCAAGAUGACACAGAUCCAGGUGAUGCCAGCAGGGGGCGAGACCACACUCUUCAAGCAGUUCUUCUCCAACUGGAAGGACAAGGACCAGACCACCGGCCCGGGCAAGGCCUACGCCAUCGGUCGCAUCGCGCAAGUGGAGCAGAUCCCCUUUGACGCCUCCUCUCUGCACUCCAACAACACGAUGGCUGCCCAGCACGGCAUGGUGGAUGAUGGAUCUGGGAAAGUCCAGAUCUGGCGUGUGGAAGGGGGAGCACAGGUCCCAGUGGAGCCCUCCUGCUACGGCCACUUCUACGGGGGAGACUGUUACCUCAUUCUGUACAGCUACAGGGUAGGCGGGAGGGAGCAGCACAUCAUCUACACCUGGCAGGGGCUGAAGUCCACUCAGGAUGAGCUGGCGGCAUCUGCCUUCCUGACAGUGAAGCUGGAUGACUCCAUGGGCGGUGCCCCAGUCCAGGUGCGAGUGACGCAGGGUCAGGAGCCAUCCCACCUGAUGAGCUUGUUCAAGGACAAGCCUAUGAUUAUCCACAACGGCGGGACGUCCCGUACGGGGGGCCAGACCAAGGCCGGCAGCACGCGCCUCUUCCACAUUCGCCAGAGCUCCUCCAAAGCCACCCGCGCUGUGGAGGUGGGACCUUCGGCCUCCUCCCUGAACACCAAUGAUGUGUUCGUGCUCAAGUCUCCGGACUCCCUGUUUGUGUGGAGGGGCGUGGGCGCCAGCGAGGAGGAGGCGGCCGCUGCCAAGCACGUGGUCAGCUUUCUGGGAGGAAGUCCAACCAGCGUGUCAGAGGGCAAGGAACCAGCUGGAUUCUGGUCUGCCCUGGGAGGGAAGAAAGACUACCAGACUUCCAAGAGUCUGCAGAAGUCGGCCAAACCCCCUCGCCUGUUCGGCUGCUCCAACAAGACCGGCCGGCUCAUCGCUGAGGAGGUUCCAGGAGACUUCACCCAGUCCGACCUGGCAACUGAUGAUGUCAUGUUGCUGGACACAUGGGACCAGAUCUUCCUCUGGAUUGGCAAUGAAGCCAAUGAGGUUGAGAAAACAGGAGCUCCAAAAAUAGCCAAAGAGUAUGUGGACAGCGAUCCGUCUGGCCGCCGCGGGGUGCCCAUAGCCACCAUCAAACAGGGCUUUGAGCCGCCCACCUUCACCGGCUGGUUCCAAGCCUGGGACCCCAAGAUGUGGGAAACCGACCCCCUGGAUCGCAUUCGGGGACGUUUCUAAGCUCACCGCCAUUUAAAAUCCAGUGUCCGUGCCUGGCUAACGCACGCACACAACCGUGUACAUACUCCUACCCCGCAUUUCGGUGUGAGACAGGUGUCCCUUGCGUGAGUUUCACAGAGGCUGUACGCUCUGUAACCGUGUGGUGUUGACCAACAGAAGUGGAGCAGCUUAAAAAUGCUGCCUCCGUAUCAGACCGCACGCGCUCUCUGCCCACUUUCGUUCUUUUUCUUUACUCGCAAGUCGCCCUUUUUUUAAAAAAAGUUUGCCGUGUAAGAGACACAUCUUGAAAGGGUCAUAAGUACCAAACAGACCUGUUUCCAGCCAAUUACCAUGCACUUAAAUGUCUGAAUGGCAAAAUAAAAACGUGUUUUUCCAUUAUAUUGAUAUUAAGAGUUGCGAGAGGUCUUGUCAUCAGUCUUUGUGGAGGCUUGUUUACAUAGAUGACAUCAGGACUGUGGAAAAUGUGUGCUGAUAUGACAUUCCCUAAGCUUUUUUUUUUUUUUUUUUUACUUUUUCUGAUGGCUAACUAUGCUUAGUUUUAAUAAACAUACUGCAUUUUCAAAGGA